AUGGCACACCACCGCAGAACAUCCUCCAUCUCCUCCUUCGGCGACAUGGACUCCCACGCCUCCGCGCCCAUCCGUGCCCGCAAGAUGUCGACCGGCGGCAACCGCUCGUGGUCUGAGGAAGAGGAAACCUACCUCCUCCAAACCCGCAUGCAGAAGAUGCCCUACAAGCACAUCGCGCAGCACCUGAAGAAGACAGAGCUCGCCUGCCGUCUGCACUACCACCAGCUCAGCCACGGCUCGCACCGCCGCAAGCGCAACGCCUCCAUCUCCUCGACCACCUCAUCCAUCGUCUCUGGCUCCACCAACACCACCGGCUCGCAGUUCGAGCUCCCCACCGAGAUUGCAGAGGAGUACACCCAGACCGUGACGCCUCCACGCCAGGGGUCGCCCAUGAUGACCGUCGAGGCGGCCCAGACGCAUCAGCAAAAGAUCCUCCUCCCUCGCCUUCACCCGCGUAUCAUCACCCCCCAGUCUUCGCCGGAGCCGCGCAUGGACCUUCGCAUCGACACCAACAUGCACAACAACAACCACAACAACGCCAGUCCCGCCAGCUCGACCGCGGGGCCCGGCAUGGCCAUGCCCUUCCACCACCACGGCUACGCGUCUGCCCACGGCCAGGAAUGCCAGCGCCUGCCGUCGACGCUGACCAGCGCGUCGGGAAGCCACAGCCGCCAGCACUCGCGCGCCUCGUCGCUCAGCCCCGUCGACACGGCCCGCCUGCGCGGCAUCUACGAGGCCCACCGCACCGCCUUCUGGGCCGCCGUCGCCGCCGACUACGGCCCGGACGCCAGCGCCGCCCAGCUCGAGGACGUGUGGCGCCAGGGCGGCAGCGGCAGCCCGCUGUGCCCCAGCUUCUUCAGCAAGAGCGACCGGGGUCUCGGCCUGCACAUCGCGCGGCCGCCGACGCCGCCGGGCGAGAGCCCCAACGGGACGACGCUCGCCAUGGGCUCGCUGCAGGCGCAGCUGCCGCUCCCGAGCUUCAGGAACGCUAACGGGUGGGCGGCCGUCAACCGCCAGGAGACUGCCGCUCCCACCAGCAACGCGAGAAGAGAAAGCCGGACGGCCAUCUCGGCGCUUCUCACUGAGGAGCGGGACCCGAGGCCCUGA